AACCUUCGCAGUAGUUACGGUUCAGUGGAUCGAUUUUCUUCGCGAAAAGAAAAUUUUGCCGCUACCUUUUUGUGAUGGCAAUUUUCAGAAAACGUUUAAAGAAAAUCUAGUUUUAUGUGCUUUUUGCUUAAAAUUUUGUGGAAAAUACAAUUGAAAAGUGAAAGUAAUCCCCAAUACUUACAAAACUUCGGGCAACCGUGCAGUUAGCUGUACCACGGUGCCCAUGUGAAAAGGUCAUUGUUUGUAUCUGUACAAUUUUGCUGAAGCAUGGCUGGUGGAAAUCAGGCCCGUGUCAUCCAGGUGACCAAUAUCGCACCUCAGGCGACUAAAGAUCAAAUGCAAACCUUAUUUGGCAACAUUGGAAAAAUUGAAGAGAUUCGUUUGUAUCCAACGGUGCGUGAUGUCUCAUGUCCGGUGCAGUCGCGUAUAUGCUAUGUCAAGUAUGCGGAAAGCAGCUGUGUGCCGGUGGCCCAACAUCUCACCAAUACUGUUUUCAUUGAUCGAGCGCUUAUUGUAAUACCUGUUCUGGCAAUUCCAGAAGAAUAUCGUGCAUUGGAGAUGUCUAAAAAUGGCACUAUUGUGCCAGGAUUGCAGAAGCCCGAUUCCAAGUUGCCACCUGAAGUGCUUAACCGCAUUGAAGGGCAAUCACCACAACAGGUUAUCAAAACUUACGAUCCGAAACUGGUGGACAACAAUUUGCCAGAGUAUCCGGCCUUACCGUCAUUCUAUGAUGCCCGUAAAAUUGAGGAAAUUCGCAGAACCAUUAUUGUCUGUGACGUUAAGAAUGAAUGGCGCCUAGACGACUUGAUGGAAUGUUUUCAACGCGCCGGUGAAGUAAAAUAUGCUCGCUGGGCAGAGAAGGAUAACAAGACGUAUUGCAUGAUCGAAUUUUGCGAUCAGCCCAGCAUUAUACAUGCUCUUAAACUGCAAGGACAAGAGUUCAAAGGCGGAUAUCUCAAUGUUUACCAUUCAACUGAUUCAAUUACCAAACCGGAGGCGAAAUCAAACGAGGCAGCUCAGGCAGAAAUCGAAGAGGCAAUGACCAUAGUAAAAGAAGCUCAAAAUAUGAUAUCUGCCGCCAUUGAUCCUGUCAUUGGUAUGCUAGCUAAGGAUAAACGUCGACGCUCUCGCUCACGUUCGAGAUCUCGUGAACGCCGCACUAGUCGUUCACGUUCGCAUCGUUCACGUUCUAGGCGUCGAUCUCGAUCACGCACUCGUAAACGUUCCCGUAGCAAGUCUAAGCGGCGCUCUCGCUCUCAUUCCCGAACUUCGCGCUCACGCAAGCGUUCGCGUUCUAGGAAACGUUCUCGCUCUCGUCGUAAGAGUCGGUCCCGUUCCCGUUCUAAACGGCGAUCGCGCUCCCGGGAUCGUCGUGCGAAACGUUCACGCUCGCGCCAUCGUCGCAGUACAUCAAGAUCCCGUCGGUCACGUUCGCGCACCAAACGCUCUAGAUCACGUGAACGUAAACGUUCGCACCGAGCUCGUGAUGAAAAGCGUUCGCGUUCUUCACGCUCACGUAGUAAGCGUCGUUCUCCAUCUCUAUCUACGAGAUCGCGUACAAGUCGCAGCAAAGACAUUGUCCCGCUUGUAAAGUCAUCUUCAUCUUCUAAACGGCGUUCUCGAACACCCGAUCGAAAGUUGAAGCCCAUUGUAGAAGACAUCGAAGUUAAGAGUACCCGAUCUAGUGUCGAUUCCAAGUCAAGGAAAUCGGUUAGUGUUGAAAAAUCCGAUAAUAUGGAUAUUUCCAAUUCACCAUAAAUUUGCUUCUUUAAUGGUUACACAUUUCAAUCUUAAGGUCAAGAUAACGUUACAUUUUGUGAGAACCAUAUUUUUUUUUGAAUUAUAAUACUUUUACAGUUAAGGUAUGAUUAUU